AUGACCGCUUUCAGAGGCCAGCAGAGCGGCGGUUGCCCACUUUCCCUCCCCAGAUGCGGCACCACGUCUCCCGGUCGCAGGCUGCUUUCCAAAUCGGCCCCGAUUUCAUCUGGGCUGACUGUCAACCAGCAGGGAGGAAAGAAGAAAAAGGAGCCAUCCUUUCAAUCCUGUCCAUUACUACCUACAGAUUCAAUCGACUUCCAAAACAUUCCCCCUAAUUCCUUUCUAUAUUCAACUGAAUCCCAUCUCCUCUUGCGCCGUCACAGCUCCGUCCCCGCCGUUCGCAAAAGUACCUUGACCCUUCCCUCCCACCUCCGUCACUACCCCAGUCCCAUUCAUCGUCUCCAGAUCUCCCCCAGCUGCCUACUGGUGACCCCCGACACGACUCAGCUUCCCUGUCAGGCACAUGGGAUAGAACGAGUGUCCAGGGAGCAACUCAGUGCAAGAUCAGCCACAAUCACCCAAAGUGCCUUUUCGCAUGAAUGGGUCAUCUUUGGCCCCAUUCAUGUCGGAACUUGCACGGUGAUAUUAGGGAUUCCCGAGAAAAACGGCACGAGGCAACUGCAUGCAUUUAAUUUGACACGUCAAUGA